AUGGCGACGAUUGUGCAAUUUGCGGAUGAUGUUUCGUCGUUUUCCUCCCAGUAUGGGAGUGAGAUGGGCAUGUCUUAUACAGUCAGCAAUCUGGUCAGGCAGACAAACAUUUACCCAAGCUACGGAGACUUCACACAAGCUUGUGUCUUUAGAACAUAUGGGCCUUGGUGGGAGAUAUGCCCAUCUGCAGCAAAGCCUUCUGGCCGACAUCAUGAAACAUUCAGAAGCCAAGAUUUUGUUGAGCUUGUGUUCAAAGAACGAGUUAUACCUCUGUCGAUCGAGAUUUUUGAGACAUACAAUCCUGGCACUGUGGUGAAAAUCCUCGCCUGUGAUAACCAGUCUGGAACAGAUGUGGACUCUGGCAAUGUAAAAUGGGUCACUUUAUGGGAGGGUCCACCCCAGGCUCCAGAACCUAAAUCUAGAGUUACCUCCCCUCCUCUCAAACGUGUCAACUUCUGUACAGACCUCAUUCGCCUAGAGUUUUGUCACAGCCUUUGUCCUUACUACACGGAGUUAGAUGCCGUCCGGCUCACUGGAACAGCUCCCACGAGUGACGAACCAGGUCCUGGAUGCCAUGGAGAUGAUAUUUUACCUGGCAUUUCACAGAUGAGCCUACAGGAUGAUGACACUAGGCAGACAGAUGGAGCUGAAGAAGAAACAGGGAAUAAUAUUAAGCUACAAAAAGACAAUGUAUAUUUCUCAAUGUUGCCUGAAGAAGUCAUUCAGCUAAUACUCUCGUAUUUAGACACAGUGUCAUUGUGCAGACUGGCUCAAACGUGCAAGCUGCUACGAACCCAUUGUUACGAUCCCAUGCAGUUUACAGAGCUUAACUUGAAGCCUUUCUGGGCACAGGUAAACGACAAUGCCAUGAUGAGCCUGCAGUCUCGCUGCAGUCACUGCCAAAAGCUUGAUCUGUCCUGGACAGGGAAUCAUGGGUUAAUCAGCUCGAAGGGAAUAGAAGGCCUCCUGUCCGUCUGUGGUGCUACACUGACCUGCUUGAGAUUAGCGAGCUGUGGGCUUGUCAACUCCUCUGUCAUUCUCCGCUUGUCUAGCCUCUGUCCAGCACUGCAAGAGUUAGACUUGCGCUCUUGUCAAGAGGUAGGCAGUCCUGGGUUGUCAUCUCUAGGUAAACUUACCUCAUUGUGCAGACUCAAUCUCUACAGGACUCAAGUGGAUGCCAUGGCUGUCAAAAAAAUUGUCAGAGGCUGUCAAAAGCUGCAACAUUUGAAUCUUGGUUCCUGUAUCUGCUUGUCUCAACAUGAUACCUUAAUGGAGGAGAUAGCAACAAACUGCAGGGGCCUGAAGUCUCUGGAUGUGUGGAGAUGGAAGUCUCUCAGUGAGGUAGGACUGACUGCCUUGGCUGAGAACUGCCCACUUCUGGAGGAGAUAGACCUAGGAUGGAUCUCAACACUCCGUUCUAGCACUGGCUGUUACAGGAUUCUCCCCAAGCACUGCCCCAAACUGAAGAAACUUUUCUUCACGGCCAACAGGUCUGUGUGUGAUGAUGACUUGGACAUGAUAGCUGAGCGAUGCCCUGACUUGGAACAACUUGAUAUACUGGGCACUAGAGAAGUGUCACUGGCAUCUGCAGAGAGUGCUCACUACAAACUCAGCAUCAAAACCACCGCCACAUACGGAAACAUUUUCUAUGCGCGUGGCACCUACUAUGACUUUGAGAGGCUGUACAUAGAGAACGGGAUCCUUCAUUAUUUCCUCUUCAAUCCGACCCGAUACGGGAUAGGCGGAACGUACGGCAUCCAUGUUGAGGGUCAGGGAGUUCUGGCUAACGGCAGCCUGGGGCCGAUCAGUAUAGCAGAUGACAGGUGGCACACGGUGGAAUUUUUCCGGAACACAAGGUUACCUGGAAUGAAUCGCACAUCUUCUGGACUCGUUCUGGACGACCACAAAAACGUGGACAGCAGACCCAGGAAAAAUGUGGCCAUAAAACCGCCAUUUUACAUCGGAGGGAGUCCGGUGCACGAAGGAUUCCAAGGUAUUAUCAAAGAUUUCGAAGAAGUCAGAAAUAACUUCAUUUUCCACGAGACAUCUCAGCCAAUGAACGUGAAGCAUUAUAGGGAACCACCAUGUUGAGCAAAUCCAAGAUGGCGCCAUUGAAGUGCCUUCCGUGACUGAAAAUUGUUAACUUGUUCUUUUGUUGCUUUUGUUUUUCCGCGUCCUAAGUGAAACACUGUUCUACAAUUAAAAAGAACAACUUUAUGAGUUCUUAAGCAAUGUAUCAAUUAAACUAUGUAUUAUAAAGUGUUUAUCCGCUAACCUAUACGGAAAUACGAAAGAUGCAUUUCGGCACUAAGGGCUGAAUACAAAUUCACUGCUCGUAAACAUUACCGGUGCUUUUGAGUAAUUUAACAAGAUGCAACAUGGAAGUAUAUGUUAGCCCAUGUGUAAGGCAUUAAAACAUAUACCAUAAUUUCAGUAGUAUUAUAAAUGAUUGAUUACGUCUCAGUUUCAUCGCCGGUAUAUUCGAAUGUGAACGUAAAAGCACACUUAUAUUUUAAAUACGAAUGUGUCUUUCCUGGGAACUAAGAAUGUACGCUGUAAGAUAUAGGCCUACCUCUCGCGACGUACAUGUACCAUUUCUUACCUCUGAAGAGGAACUGUGUAAUGCCCUGUAUACUCUACUCUUAUCAUAUCUACAAAGUUAUUCUUUUAACUUGUACAAAUAAAGUUUUUAGAAAUUGACAUAAACGAA